GCGGCCAGGAUUCGUCGCCGGCACGAAUCUCAAAGCUGAAAGAGCUUCUCUCUGGCUCUCUGCCCUCCUAACCUACUACGGCUUGUCGCCGCCGCCGCGAAGAAGAAGAAGACGAAGGAGAAGCCGGAGCUCAUCGCCGGCGAGCGGCAUGAAGAGCUUCCCGGUGGCCCGCGGCCACAGCGUCUCCCUCGCGCUCUUCUCCGAUGUCUCCAACAGCCGGGAGCUCCUGGACCUGAUGCAGUCUGGGAAGCUGGAGCCGGAGGUCGCUUUCCUCAACGCAUCGCUGGUGCCGGAUGUGUUCCCGGUUCUCGCGGCGGCGCACAAGGCGCUGCUCGCCAAGUCGAGGGAGGCGCUGACCACAAGGACCCUUCACUCGGAACUCGUCUACAACUACUCCGGUUCCAAGCAUAUAACGGAAUCCCUGAAGCGAUGCGGUGUCGCUGAUGACACGCAGUAUAUCCUCGCGGCUCGGUUUGAUGCUUCGGAUGAGGAGAUGAAAGCAGUGCAAGAACUCAUCAGCGGAACGGACAUUGAUCUAUCAGAAUUGGAAACAAGAGCGAACCAGCCAAAGAUUCUGAAGCAAUUUAAAAUAACACCCCAGGAACUAUCGAUAUCUACACUGCCAGAGGCAAUCGUAUGCAGGAUCGCCGCUCGAGAUGCUCUCUAAGAUCUUACGACAGAAGACUUUUUCCACCGUUGCGUGUUGAAUUCUCUGGACGAAAACAUUGGUUGCACCUCUCUUUCACUUGGUCCUCAAUGUUGUGUGUGUGUCUGUAAUAGCACUUAGUCAGUGUUGUAGCAACAGCUAAAUACUUGUAAGGUCACAGUUGAAUGUCUGCAAGGUCAUUUUAUCAAGAUUUCGUGCAAGCAAUCUGCAAUGACAUUUCUGAUGUUGACUCAGAA